GAUCCCAGCCUCCAACUGAACGAUCAAUAUUGGUAGUUGAAUCAUGGUACAACAGUCACACGAAAUAUGCCUUUUUCAAAAUUCACUUUGACAGACUUUGUUUGUUGUUGUUACUGUGCAGUGAAAUUUUAUCAUCUCGUGCAUAUUUGCAAAGUUUUCAAAGGAUGUCUUUGAAUAAUAACGUAAGAGACGAGGAUUUAUUCGAAAUAAAUCAUGCGGGGAAGGAAGCGACCUGUAGAACAUGCGGGAAGAAAAUAACGGACCUGAGAAAAUUCAGCUACCAGCGUCACUACAGGCUUGUGCACAAACAACUCGCGGUCGAAUUGCAGCUUCGUCAAGAGGAUGAUAUUCCCGAUUUUCAACCUCCACCCACUAAGGUGCCGAAGAUUCCGAUCCGUAUGACUCAGCACACGUAUAUGUGGUCCAUGACAGAACUAGUAACUGCGAACGGUUUACCAUUAAACUUAUUUCGGUAUCCGGCAUUCCAAAGAAUCGCCCGGCCACUCGAAGAAGGUUUUCCAUGCAAACUUCAAUACGACGGAGGGAAGGAUAACUUUAAGGGCGGCAUGUGGAACAAGUGA